UUUUUAGUCUGGCGAUCAACAUCGCGUAUAUUCGUAUUCUACCAACAAGUUGUUGAGCAUUCGAUAAUAACUAAAUCUAGAAUAAGACAUCUUCGACUGAUUUCCUAGCUUAGCAAGCAGGUGAACAAAUCAAAAUGGGUUUCUUCUCAGGGUGCGCGCGCAUGCUGUUGAUUAUCUUCAACUUAAUCUUCUGGCUGUCUGGAGCAGCCAUCUUGGGUGUUGGGAUAUGGAUCCUGGUGGAUCCAAACUUCAAGGACUACAUGAAAGUCAUCACUGACGGCACCAACGACACGGAGUUUCUCAAGGUGUCCGCGUACAUUCUCAUAGGCUUUGGGGCCUUCAUCUUCCUGGUGGGAUUCUGUGGCUGCUGUGGUGCCAUCAGGGCCAGUAAAUGCCUGCUGGGAUUUUACAUUUUCUUCCUGGUGGUUGUCUUUGCUGGAGAGCUUGCAGCUGGUAUCUAUGUGGCUGUCUUCAGAAAUGAUAUUGACAACAAGCUUAAAACUGGCCUCAAGACCUCCAUUGAGAAGAAUUACAUCGACAAAAUGAAACAAACCUGGGACUCCUUACAAAAAGAGCUCAAAUGCUGUGGAGGCAACAACUACACAGAUUACGAGAACAGUACCUGGAGACAGAACCAGACUGCGAAUGUGAAGGUUCCCAUAAGCUGCUGUGUUCUUGAAAAUGGAAAACCUAAAGAUGAAACUAAAUGCCAAGAACUUGAGGCUGACUACUAUGACAAGGGCUGUCGUGGUGCUUUGCUUGACUGGGUCAACAGUCACAGUUCCAUCCUGAUUGGUGUUGGCUGCGGCAUUGCUGGACUUCAGAUCAUUGGACUCAUUGCUGCCAUUUGCUUCUGCCGCCACAUCGACAGAGACAAGUAUGAGCGCAGUUAAACAGGAUGUAAAGACCUUUUGUUUGCCUUUAUUUAGCAGUGAUGCCUUUUGGAACUCUUUUGUCAUGUAGAGGUUAAAGGUUAAAUUCAGCUCUGGUAAUGGAAGAAAUGACAUGUGCUGGUGCUUUUCAUUUUGUUGACAUGGUGAACAUGGCAUUUUCUUGUCAUUUGAUUUUUGUUAACUAAAUAUACUGGGUUUUUUUUAGAUUUUAAAAAACUUACAUGUUUUAUUCCUUAUCUUGUAAGAUGUUUUUGUAACCGAAUUAUAAAUUUUAAGUUUAGACAUUGAAAAAAUAUUUUGUGUGAUUUUUGAGUCUCAUAAAAGGCUGAAAUUUGAAAGGAUGAAAUUUUAAAAUGAUUAAAUUUUAACACAAUGAAAUAUGUAAUGCCCGUAGCACAAUGAUCUUCCUAUACGUUGCCUACUUACCAAAUUUUGGAACAACGUAACAUCACUCUCUAUUUAAACUUGGGUAAACAAUCUGCAACUUUACAGUUUGAUGAAAAUUUUGUGGCAUCUAAAAAUUGUAACAUACUGAUUUCAUUAUAUAUCUGUUUUUUUCCAUUAUUUUUUAAUAAAUAUUUUAGCAAUAUAUUAUAUACAUAUAUAUAUAUAAUUAUGCUGUCUGUAUAUAUAAAGUUGACUAUCGUUAAAAGAUUUGUAUUGUAUCUGAUUUAAAUAAUCAAACUUAGUUUGCAUGAAUCUCAGAAGUUUUCUCACAAUACUCCUGGUUGACCAGAGAUUAAUUUUUGUCUUUAAGCCUAGAACAUUACUGUUGAUGUGACCACUCAAAACAGAAAGUGAAUAGUUCUAAAUGCUACAGGUUUUGCCAGUGAAUAGUUUUAAAUGCUGCAGGCUCCACCAGCGCUGUUUUAGUGUUGUUUUGUGAACUCACUAAUAUGUGGCUAUCUGAAACUUCAAAACACAACUUUCAUGAGCUCAGAUUUUUUUUUUUCUAACUUCCAUGUCAGGGUUGGUAAAUGAGAUUAAUGCAGUGUUAUUAAUCAAAUCUUAAGUCAAAAAUAUAUCUCAGCGCUUUAAAAUAAAACAUAAGUAUAUUUUAAAUUAAUCUGAAUCAGAUUCUUGUUAAAUUUGUUCUGUAAUAAGUUAUAAGCCUUAUAUCUAUACAUAUAAUUUUUUAGAAGGAAAACAAAUAGUUCUGGAUAUUUUAUUAUAGAAAUAUUCAUAUAUUUAUUACUGUUUCUCGGUGAUAAAGUUUUAAUUAAGUGCUUAGCUUACAUGUUAUUUAUGUAGUCAUCUGUUUAAGCUGUUCCAAUAUAUGCCAAGUCAUUGUUUAAAUAUCUGUGGUCAGUUUUUCAUGUAUAGUUUAUAUAAUACUCUAUUAUGUGAAUAUACAAAACUUAAUAAGAUCAAUUGGCUUUAAUUAUAACUAAGUUUUAAAACCUUUUUAUUUAACUCCUAAGAUCUUUGAUGGGAAGUUAUCUCUACUUAAAACUUAUGCUGAAUUUUUUCUAGCUUUUUUAAACUUAACUGUUAACACUUAUAGUUAGCUAUUAAAAUGCUCAGUAGUAUUCAGAGCAUUCUAAGAUUUAAAUUUGAAGUUUACUUUGUGAAUUAAAAAGUAUUAGCCUACACAAGAAAAAAAAUUCAGAAACCAAAAAAACUAAUUUUAAAUAGUAUUUCUACUUUUUGCAAAAAAAAAAAAAAAAAAAUUGUCUUACUUAAAAUGCAAUUAUUUAAUAAUACUAAAAGGCUUUAAAUUUUAAAAAAAACUUUUUAUUGUUUUUGUAUACAUUUAAAAGAAAUUUUGAACUUAAUUUUCUAACUUUUCUAUUGCAAUUAUUUAAAUCUAUUUUUUAAAUAAAUUUUACCUUUGUAAUUCUAAGCAUUCAGGUGGUGGCAUGUUUUUAGAGCUGUUUAUCUGGCCAUUGUUUUCAUGUACUUUAAAUCUCUAUCUUUAUUAUGUUGGAGUUAUCUGUAUACUACUUUAUUCUUAAGCAGUCAUCAGAAAGUAUUAUUAGUGUACUGUAUAAACUGUUUACAUGUGCAAUUCUAAUGUGCUCUGUAUGAUGUUAAAAUUGUAUUAUGUAAAACUAGUCUUUUUUCUUUUUUUUAAAUGUUUCUUUUUUUUUACCUUGAACAUAUUUUUGUGAUACUUUAGCUGACUUAAGCUACAGAUUUAGUCAAAAGUUUUAAAUCAUAAACCUGUCUCAGUUAAAUUAAAGACAACCUGCGCGGUUUUAACCUCUUGCUCACAUCACCAUCCAGUGUUUGGCUAAUCUCUUCUGUAGAUGUGGACACGUUGCAUGCAGCCUCCAUGUUAAGUUGGUCAACCUUUCUCUCUGACUUAUAAAGUAAACAGAAAACAUUUGUACAUAAAUAUUUGAAAUUUUAAAAGAUAUGCCUUAUUUUUUAAAGUAGCAGUUUUACAGGAACCCUACUUUUUAUGGGCUUGCAUAAUAUGUCAUGCUUUUGUACAACUCAGGGCAAGUAUAAAGCCAUACAGUUAUUUUGUAGAAGACAGGAGCCAAAAAAAGUGAAAUUUUCUAAUUAAACAGCACUAUAUAAAUGAACAAAUGUGUAAUAAGAUCAAUAAAAUGCUUCAAUAACUUAGGUAUGUAUUGUGCUUACAUUUUUUUAAUAUGCAGUUUUAUACUAUUACUUUUUCUUUAGCUUUAAAGCAUAUUACAACUAUAUUGCCUAAUUGAUAAACAUAGCUUCAUGAAUAUGGUUGUUACCGAUGAAAAAAUCUAUACACCAAGAAUUUAAUUUAGAAUUUUUUUUAUGCAAUUGUAUGAAGUCUUCUUUAAAUGCUUUCACAUGCUUUGGGGGGAGGGGGGGGGGUAAAUUUGAGGCUGCAUUUUAUUAGUUAUUUUGCAUUUUUUAAACACAGAAAUAAUGUAAAAAUUAAUGAACACACUUAAUGAUAACCAAGGUCAGUUAAUAUUUUAGAUAAUAACAAAUAAUGAGUUUUAAAAACUACAAACUUCAAGUUUGAGAGGGGUGUAGGCUUAGGUGUGUAGUCUGAAAUGUAUUGCCAUUUUGGGGGUGGGUGGUAAAAAUCUUUAAAAAAUUUUGUGACAACAUGUAUGGAUGACCCGUUAUUGCAAAUUUAGUUACAUAAUAUUCUAAUGAAUAAUAGAACUUUAAAAGGACCUUUCCAAAUUUGAUUAUAUUGUAGGUCUACUAAGGUCUUGUUGGAAUUAUUUUUAUCAAAUGAAAAUUUAAUAUUUAAUUAAUAAUGUAGGUGCAAUUUUUUUUUUUGAUUAAUUAAAAUUCUCCAGGCAGAUUGGUCUACCUUUGCAAAUAUUGUUUAACAACUUUUUCCUAACAUUUGAUGUGGUUUGGCUAAAUAAAAAGUCUGUGUCCAUAA